AUGGAUGUUAAAAAGAGGUCUAUAUCCUCUUCAAUAGUGGACUUCUUUCGGAAACCUGCAGACGGGGAUAUUAGAGCGUACGACAGUGAGAGUGUUGGUGUUGGAGCAACUCGUGAGCCAGCUGAUGAGAAUGGAGCUAAUGAUACUAGUAUGGGAUUCCAAGGUUCUAUUUAUUCAAUGAAUGGAGAUAUCGCUCCGCCAAAUUUUCAAGACUCUAUGAUACUUUAUGAGACAGGGGCAGGGACUGACACUCAAGUAAGGCCGCCAAUCUUACCUAUUUUACCAGUUCAGAGAUUGAGAUUACUGAGGCAGAAGCAGGAAUGGAGAAGGAAAUUAACUGCCGGCAUGCUUGGUUCGUUGCCCGUUCCAAUGGUCUCCGAUAUCAGCGUACUGAACCCCAUUUACUCUCGUGAAUCUUCCUCUACGCCCUCACCAGUGAAGAAUACACUCAAGAAGGAUGCGGCUGAUGGUCUAAAAAGUUUGAAGCGGAAGAAAGUUUCCAAUGUGCGAAGUAAAGGAACAAAAUGGACCGCUGACUUUGAUUACGAUCUUUCGGAGUAUGACAACCAUAAGGCGGAGGCCAAGGCCAUAACAAAUGAUACAACCGACUACCAUAUGGAUUCACCGACACUUUCGAUGACGAAACGUUCCACCCUGCCAAAGGAAUAUCCACAGGAUGUCAAUACCAAUACAUUGUCAAAGACCCAGAGAGAUUUAUUGCUGAAGGGACAACCUUCGGCCCAAUCCGUCAAAAAGAGUGGAACAUCUGCCCCAGAAUCAAAACAAUUGACCUUAAGACUCGACAAAUUGAAGGGACGCGAUAGCGAGAAGGCUAUUCUUCCUUCAGCUGGUUUUGAUUUUAUCAAGGCCAGUGAUACUCCCUCCAAAAUAAGUCCCGCAAAGGCCAACGGUUUACAAACCCCAACGGCAAAAAAAGCACCUACUUUGACAUUUUCCUCCCAAGCCGAGCCCUCAAGCAAACCAGCAUUUAAUUUUGCAAGUUCCAAGACUAAGAACGAUUCAACACACGAUGAUGAGGAGGAUGAACCAAGGAGGAAAAAGGCUGCGCGCAAUGAUACAGGUGAUAUGCCUAAACUUUCCUCGAACGCAACUUCUGAUGGUAAUAAACCUCAGUUUUCAUUCGGAUCAAAACAAACCUCAGAUGAUAAACAAGCAAGCCCUUCUUUCACAUUUAGCAGCAAAUCAGACCCCAAACCUGCGAUACGUUUCACCAAAGAGGUCAAUGAUGACCAGAAAGAUAAAAUCACACCUGUACCAUCAUUUGCUUUGACGUCAGCCAACGAGAAAAAAAUAGCUUCUUUCUCGUUUGGUACCAAACCAAUUGAUACAUCCAACGCUUUACCUGAGGCAUCAAAAUCAGCUGAAAUUCCGAAAGCCAAUUCUUCGGCACCAAAGCUCUCUUUCAAUUUCGGGAGUGGAGCUAGUUCUUCCAACAACGAAGCGGAAAAGCCAUCGUUUUCCUUUGGCAGUAGUACCGCUGCUGGAAAAAAGGACACAUCGACCGCUCCUUCCUUUACCUUCGGCAACGGUGCGUUAUCUGAGAAGAAAGAUACGACGACUGCUCCUGCAUUCUCAUUUGGCAAAGGAGCUGCUCCCGAUACGGCAGGUGCCCCCGCUACUGCUCCUGCAUUUUCCUUCGGUGUUGCUGCCAGUUCCGAGAAGAAGGAUACACCGACCACUGGGCUCUCGUUUGGUGGUAACGCAAAACCUGAAACGAAAGAUUCGGGAACUGCACCUUCCAUUUCCUUUGACACUGAUUCAGCUUCUGAACAGAAGAAGCCUUUGACGGCCCCAUCAUUUUCUUUCGGAGAUGGUUCCAAGAAGGGCUCCACAGCACCACCAUCAUUCUCUUUCACAAAAAACAAUGAAGCAUCCGACAAUGGUCAAAAAGAACCUCCGAAAACUGCAUUUAAUUUUGGUUCGACUAAUGCCUCUGACACGAAAUCAGAAUCAGCUUCGCAACCUAACGGCGGGUUCUCAUUUAACAGACCUCCUGAGGGCAACAUUUCUAAACCAUCGUUCACCUUUGGCAAGGCAGAUACCUCGGAGAAUAAUGCCCCAUCUUUCGGUUUAAACAAUGCUUCGACAGUAGCAAGUCCUGCUGCUAACAAUAGUGCUUUUACAUUCAAUAAGAGCGGCCCCCCCGCUACGAAAACCGAUGGUCCGUCAUUUGGGUUCAAAUUUGGAGCUGACAACUCUUCAACAGGAAACACAGCACAGAAUCCCGCGCCCCCCAUGAACCCUUUUAUAAAUGGCUCGAAACCUAACAAUGGGUUCUCAUUCGGCUCAUCGGCUGGUAAUACCGGUGCUAUUGUCCAGCCUUCUUUUCAGCAACCACAGCCAUUGCAAUCUGCAUUCGGUACAACACCGUCCCCUGCGUUUGGCAAAUCGGCGUCUCCUCCAGUGAUUAGCGGCUCCAAUAAUCCAAGCCGAACGUUUACGCCAUCGAAUACCAUCAAUUUAAAUUUUGGAAACAAUGGUCCAGUUGACCCUACCUCAGUGUUCUCAGGAGGUCCAGGCCCAGCUGCACCACAACAGGUGUUCGGUGCUACUCCUCCGCCAUCCCAAAUUUUUGGUGCUACAUCUCAAGCCCCAGCUUCUUUCAAUAAUGCACCAGUAGGAUUUGGAUCUUCCGGGGGUAUAGCUGCGGGACAACUAGCCCCAAUGGCACAGCAACAGGCGCCAGCGCCCAAUUUCCAGAUGCCUCCAGGCAGGAAACUGGCAAGAAUGAGGCAUUCAAGAAGGUGA